AGAGUCCUGACUGAGUCCAGAGUGACUCCUCCUCAUUCCCCAUAAAAACACUUUUUAUUUACUUGAAAAUCCAACUUCAACUGAUCAAUUCAAAUUGUGUAUUUGCUGAUUUCGAUAGAUCUGAUCAAUCAAUAAUGGCGAUCUCUUCAUCUUCUUCGAUUCCUAGUCGUCAACUGUUCAUCAAUGGUGAAUGGAGACAACCAUUACACAAAAAAAGAAUCCCCAUCGUCAAUCCAUCUACUGAGAAGAUUAUUGGUGAUAUACCAGCAGGAACAGCUGAAGAUGUAGAGCUUGCUGUUGAUGCUGCUCGAAAGGCUUUAUCCAGGAAUAAAGGGAAAGAUUGGCCAAAGGCUACUGGAGCUUUUCGCGCUAAGUAUUUACGAGCUAUUGCAGCUAAGGUACUUGAAAGAAAAUCUGAGUUGGCUAGGCUAGAAGCCCUCGAUUGUGGAAAACCAUUGGAUGAAGCAGCAUGGGACAUGGAUGAUGUUGCUGGAUGUUUUGAGUAUUAUGCAGAUCUCGCUGAAGGCUUAGAUGCAAAGAAAAAGGUUCCUGUUAACGUCCCAAUGGAGACAUUUAAGAGUUAUGUUCGCAAAGAACCCAUUGGAGUCGUUGGUCUCAUUACUCCAUGGAAUUACCCUCUUUUGAUGGCUAUCUGGAAGGUGGCUCCAGCCCUGGCUGCUGGAUGUGCAGCUAUACUAAAGCCUUCUGAGUUAACAUCCAUAACUUGCUUAGAGUUGGGUGAUAUCUGUAGAGAAGUUGGUCUACCUCCUGGUGUACUCAACAUUGUAACUGGAUUAGGUCCAGAAGCUGGUGCUCCUUUAGCAGCUCAUCCUCAUGUCGACAAGAUUUCAUUUACUGGAAGUACUGCAACAGGAAGCAGAAUAAUGACAGCUGCAUCUCAACUCGUCAAGCCCGUUACUUUGGAACUCGGUGGAAAAAGUCCAAUAGUUAUAUUUGAGGAUACAGACCUUGACAAAGCUGCCGAGUGGACUAUGUUUGGUUGUUUCUGGACAAAUGGUCAAAUGUGCAGUGCAACAUCUCGACUUAUUGUACAUGAAAAUAUUGCGGAGAAAUUUCUUGAGAGACUCGUUAGCUGGGUUAAAAAAGUCAAGGUCUCAGAUCCUAUGGAAGAAGGUUGCAGGCUUGGCCCUGUUGUUAGUGGAGGACAGUAUGAGAAGAUAAUGAAGUUCAUAUCAGUCGCUAAGAGUGAAGGUGCAACGAUUCUCUGUGGAGGAAGGCGUCCACAGCACUUAAAAAAAGGAUUCUUUAUUGAGCCAACCAUCAUAACAAAUGUUAAUACAUCCAUGCAAAUUUGGAGAGAGGAAGUCUUUGGACCUGUUUUGUGUGUUAAAACAUUCAAAACUGAAGAAGAAGCCGUUGAACUUGCAAAUGACACUGAGUACGGUUUGGCUGCUGCUGUGAUUUCGGAUGAUCUAGAAAGGUGUGAACGCAUGACACAGGCUUUUCAAGCUGGAAUUGUAUGGGUGAAUUGUUCACAACCUUGCUUUUGCCAACUUCCUUGGGGAGGCAUUAAACGUAGUGGAUUUGGACGGGAUUUAGGUGAAUGGGGACUCGAAAACUUUUUGAGUGUGAAGCAAGUUACUCAGUACAUCUCAACUGAGCCAUGGGGUUGGUAUCAAUCUCCUUCAACGAAGCCACUUUCAAAGCUCUAAAUUUUUUCUGAAUAGUCAGGGAGGGGGAAACUUGUUCAUCUUUUUUGAACGGCAAAUAGAAUACAGAGCAAAUUUGAUAGUCUUAGAACAUGGAUAAAGAGGAGUGGCCAGUAUAUGAAACUUUGUUUUUACUUUUCACAGCAUUUUCUUCAAUUAGGCUAUUAGCUGUUUCUCACAAUAGACCUUUUUUAUAGCUGUCAACUAAUUUUGGCUUAAGUCCUGUAAUGUCAAGAAUAAACAACUGAGAAGCAUUAUAAGAUAUCUGCCGUAAUUGACAGUUUUCUGCAA